CUGUUCAGCUUUGGAGGGGGACGGGCCAGCAGACCGACCCGUGUUGAGAGAAGCGCAUCCGUGGAACCGAUCUCUGUGAUUUGUGCGCUGAGCUAGGAGCAGGACAGGACGAGCUCCGUCGCCGUGAUUAAUCACCCACCUUGGUGACCAAAAGUUUCGGAGCGUAACCUCGCAUUUUCUUGCGUGAAUGAAUGCUGUUUACUACGGGCGAAAGGUUGCACUGUGAUGCGCGCAAUCUCUGGAAGAUUUGGGGAUUCUUUGUGUUUCAUUACUCCUUCAUCCGCCACGCUGAACGGAUCGGUGCGUCAUUAAACUUAAGUAUUUCUGCCUGGCUGUUUGCGCUGGUAUAGCCUGCUGUGGGAUUCACCUUCAGUAGCUAGCUCCCACCCACAAGUAUCCAACCCCCUUCUCACUGGUCCCGGGGAAGAGUGCAGCGGCGACGGCUGGAUGUAUGUAGCGGGCGACGGGUCUGUGUUUGAGGGCGAGUAAAGUAGAGCGGGGACCGAGCGACCAGCAGAAGUCGAGAACUCCCCGUCGUCCUUCGCCCUGAGCACGGCUGUCUUCGCGCUGUUCUACUGCGGACAACAUGAUUUUCCUUGGGGUGCUGCUCAACGUUUUCAUUCGUGGCAGUGUCCAGGUCUCGGCGUCGCGCCCCCUCCCUGUCAUCGACUGUCUGGAGGCGGAGCAGGGCUGCGUUUCGGAGCGGGGCUGCGAGGCGGCGUACCGCGUGCUGGAGUACUGCGCGGCCGAGGAGGCCGUGGCCCCCCUGGGGCCCGACGCCCGCCACGAGUGCCUGGAGGCCCAGAGCUCCGUGCAGCAGUACCGCCCCCUGCUGGCCUGCAAGUGCCAGCGCGGCUCCCGCCGGGAGGAGCUCUGCCUGGGGGUGUACUGGACUGUGCGGUUCUCACAGGGCUAUGACGAGUACGAGGCGUCCCCGUAUGAGGACCUGGAGCAGGGCAUCAUGCUGUCUCACAUGGCCUCCAUCGUGGCUGCCUCCUCGCUCCCUCUGGACGGGCAGAACCAGUGCCUGAAGGCGGCGCAGGACUGCGGGCUGUUUGAGAAGUGCGGCUCGCUGCGGUCCGAGUACGUGCUGGCCUGCACCAAGCGGGCGCCGGGCUCCGACCACUGCAACCGGCAGAAGUGCCACCGGGCGCUGCGGCGCUUCCUGGAGCGCGUGCCCGAGGCCUACAGCUUCGGCGUGCUGUUCUGCCCCUGCGCGGACGCCCUGUGCGGGGAGCGCCGCCGCAAGACCAUCGUGCCGUCCUGCUCCUACCAGGAGCGCGACGGCAAGCCCAACUGCCUCAGCCUGCAGGGGUACUGCAUGAAGGACGAGCUGUGCAGGUCAAGGCUGGCGGAUUUCCAGCAUAACUGCCAGCCGUCCUCCUUGUCUGCGUCAGGCUGUCAGAGAGAGAGUGGGGCUGUGUGUCUGAAGGCCUACGCAGGACUCAUAGGCACCAUCAUGACCCCUAACUACGUGAGCAACGUCAGCAUGGAGGUCUCUCAGUGGUGCGACUGCGAGGGCAGCGGGAACCAAUGGCAGGACUGUCUGCGCAUCCUGCACAUGUUCAACACCAACGGCUGCCUGCGGAACGCCAUCAGUGCCAUGGGCAGCUCGUCUCCUCGUCCCGUGGAGAGCACCCCCUGCCGCCCCCCCGGCCCUCCCCCCCGAUUUCACCGCGAUGACAUCAGCAUCAACGUCCUCCCGGAGAUCAACACUGUGGAAGAGAGUGAAGAGAGGGAGGCAGAGGAGGAGGACGAAGAGGCGGUGGGUCAGGACCAUGCGGUGCAGCCGGGCGAGGAGUUCAACGUGAUCCCGCCGUACUCCGAAAAGGCCACGGAGUCAAACGUGGACAACGGGCGCCGGGCUCUCACAGGGGGUCGCGGACCCCGCCACGUCCCUGCUUCCUCCCCUGCUGCUGUCCGCCACCUUCAGCUGGGGCUACCGGGGGUAGAGAGCCCCCCUCACGACCCCCCCCCCCCACCCUCCUCUCCACUUCUCAUACACACACUCACUCAACAUGGUGACACUGAGAGAGCGAUAGAGAGAGAGAGGGAUGGAGAGAAAGAGAGAGAGAGAGGGAUAGAGAGGGAGAAAGAGGGAGAGAUCACAAAGGGCAAAAAGGAAGAGUGCUCAGAAGCUAAAAAGAAAAAGCAACUCCCUCCCUUUCGCUAGCAUUUCAUCAUCACAGUUGUUUUAGCUGACGCUUUUAUCCAAAGCGACUUACAGUUGAUUAGACUAAGCAGGAAACAGUCCCCCCCCCCCGGAGCAACGCAGGGUUAAGGGCCUUGCUCAAGGCCCAACAGCUGCGGCGAUCUUAACGUGGCUACACCGGGGCUUGAACCACCGACCUUCCGGUUCCCACUCAUGUACCGUAGCCAAUAGGCUUACAGGGUGCCUUUCCUCGUUCUCUGUCUCUCUCUAACUUUCUUUUUCGUGAGGGUGUUGUCGUCGCCUCGCAUUAAGCCCCCCUGCCCCCCUCUCUGUCCCCUUUCCCGUGAGCGAGAGAGAGAGAGAGAGGCCGAUGCUCGUUCACAGUGCGCGUGGCUGGAUAUCUCACUGAAAAGAAAACGGGAGCAGAAGGACUCGUGUAAAUUGCCGGAUUGACGAGCGGUAGGGCCAAUCGAUGGCCU